GCGAGCCCGAGUGUGUGGUGGGAGCGCGUGCGCGCGGGCUCGGCAUGCGGAUCGAGAAGUGUUAUUUCUGUUCGGGGCCCAUCUACCCGGGCCACGGCAUGAUGUUCGUGCGCAACGACUGCAAGGACAACUCGUUUGAAUUCGAGAAACGUAGAAAUGAGCCUGUCAAGUACCAGCGGGAGCUGUGGAAUAAGACCAUUGAUGCAAUGAAGAGAGUGGAAGAGAUCAAACAGAAACGCCAGGCUAAGUUUAUCAUGAACAGAUUGAAGAAGAAUAAGGAGCUCCAGAAAGUUCAGGACAUCAAGGAAGUCAAGCAGAACAUCCACCUGGUCCGGGCCCCGCUCGCAGGCAAAGGGAAGCAGCUGGAAGAAAAAAUGGUGCAGCAGUUACAGCAGGACGUGGACAUGGAGGACGUGUCUUAAACAUCUCGCUGACCACGCGUGGACGUUGGGGGAUCGAUCGUCGGUGGAGACUUGGGACUUCCGAAUCCCUGAUCGGUUACUUGAUGUCUCUGGGGGGCGUUGCGCUCUGCGCGGCCUCAGCUGCGGGGUGCUGACCGCACCUCACAUUGCGCCUUCAUCGCUCUUGCUCCUCCGCUGUGCACAGGAACGUCAUGUCACCUGGUUAAUGGCACUGGACAGCGUUUGUGUAGUGACUAGAUACACGCAUUCGGGACUACUGAUGUCUACAAAUGUUUUCUUGCAGUAAAAUGGUUCCUGUAUUCAUGGUAAAGAAAGGGGGUAAGGGGAUACAACCAAGACAUGUACGUGAUAACCUUGGCAAUCUUGUUUUGAUCUCUGCAUUUCUGUUUGACGCCCUUGACUUCUUAGAGCCACACAAUGGCCUCAUCAGUGAAUCUAAUUGUGCUGGACUGGUGUGGGCUGGUUGGCCCGCUCUGACAGGUGGUGGUGGAUGCGGGGAGGAGAGUUGAACGAUCUGUGCCCAAAAUGGCACUGCGUUUUCUGCUUUGGAGCAGACUCAGUUCCAAUGUGUGGUUCCUGGCUUUCCCAGCUGGCUUAGGAGUAGCCUUUUAAAAUUUACUGUCUAGUUCUCUCUCUCUCUCUUUUUUAAACAACAAAAGAAGUUCUGGUUGAUUUCUGUUUAUUGUUUCUA